AUCCCUAGCGUACCGGAAUGGAAAGAAAAUAGUUAUUGUUUUUUACUUUCGCCCAAUUUUGCCCGUUUGUUCGCAUUUCUCGUUUUCCGCGGCAAAGUUUGUUGGCUUCGUGGCCAAACCCGCUGCAACCAUGUCCAACUGCAUUGAAAUACCCUUGCAGGACACCGAUGAGGUGAUCGAGGUGGAUCCAGAUCAACUGCCAGACUGUCCUGAGGUCUUGAGCAUCCUCAAGCAGGAGCGUGCUCCGUUGCACGUGUGGGUCAAUGUGUCGCUUGCCUACUACAAGCAAAAGAAGACGGAGGACUUUGUCACGUUGCUGGAGGAGUCACGCAGCGAUGACGCCACCAAGGACUAUCGCGACUCGGACAAGGACCUCAUGCGCGCCCUGGACAUGCUGGCCGCCCAUUAUGUGCAGGAGGCGUAUCGCGAAAAGUCCAAGGAUAAGAAACGCGAGCUGUUCAUGAAGGCCACCAACCUGUACACCAGCGCCGACAAGAUCAUCAUGUACGACCAGAGCCAUCUGCUGGGUAGGGCCUAUUUCUGCCUGCUGGAGGGCGACAAAAUGGACCAGGCGGAUGCUCAGUUCAACUUUGUGCUCAACCAGUCGCCCUCGAACAUCCCCUCGCUGCUGGGCAAGGCGUGCAUAGCCUUCAAUCGGAAGGACUACCGCGGAGCAAUGGCAUUUUACAAAAAGGCCCUGAGAACGAAUCCCAAUUGCCCGGCAAACGUGCGGAUUGGCAUGGCCCACUGUUUCCUCAAGAUGGGUAAUCCCGAGAAGGCCAAGCUAGCCUUUGAGCGGGCCCUCCAGCUGGAUCAGCAGUGUGUCGGCGCGCUUAUUGGCCUGGCCGUGCUGAAGCUCAAUCAACUGGAGCCAGAGUCCAAUAAGCUCGGCGUCCAGAUGCUUUCCAAGGCCUACACCAUCGACAAUGCCAAUCCCAUGGUGCUCAAUCAUCUGGCAAAUCACUUUUUCUUCAAGAAGGACUACCAAAAGGUUCACCAUUUGGCGCUGCACGCCUUCCACAAUACCGAGAACGAGGCGAUGCGAGCGGAGAGCUGCUACCAGCUGGCCAGGAGCUUCCACGCUCAAAGCGACUAUGAUCAAGCCUUCCAGUACUACUACCAGUCCACCCAGAUAGCGCCAGCCAACUUUGUGCUGCCGCACUACGGCCUGGGACAGAUGUAUAUCUAUCGCGGGGACACGGAGAACGCUGCCCAGUGCUUUGAGAAGGUGCUGAAGAUCCAGCCGGGCAACUACGAGACCAUGAAGAUCCUCGGCUCGCUGUACGCUCACUCCAAUUCGCAGACCAAGCGCGACAUGGCCAAGACUCAUCUCAAAAAGGUCACUGAACAGUUUCCCGAGGACAUUGAAGCCUGGAUAGAGCUGGCCCAGAUUCUGGAGCAGAACGAUCUGCAGGCUUCGCUGAAUGCCUACGGCACUGCCUCCAGCAUUUUGCGAGACAAGGCCAAGUAUGAGAUACCCGCUGAGAUUCAGAACAAUGUGGCCUCGUUGCACUACCGCUUGGGUAAUCUGAAAAUGGCCAAGGACACGCUAGAGUCGGCCCUGCAGCAUGCCACCUCGGAAAUGGACAAGGAUGUCAAGUACUAUGAGUCCAUUCAGGUCACCAUGAAGUACAACCUGGCCCGACUCAACGAGGCCAUGAGCAGCUACGAUGUGGCCGACAAGCUGUACAAAGAGAUCCUCAAGGAGCAUCCCAACUACAUCGACUGCUAUCUCCGGCUGGGUUGCAUGGCCAGGGACAAGGGUCUGAUUUUUGUGGCCUCCGAUUUCUUCAAGGACGCUCUGAAUAUCAACAACGACAAUCCGGAUGCCAGGUCUCUGCUGGGCAACCUCCAUUUGGCCAAGAUGCAGUUUGCCCUGGGCCAGAAGAACUUUGAGACGAUCCUCAAGAACCCGGCCACGUCCACGGAUGCCUAUUCACUCAUUGCUUUGGGUAACUUUUCGCUACAAACGCUGCACCAGCCCAGUAGGGACAAGGAGAAGGAGAGGAAGCACCAGGAGAAGGCCUUGGCCAUUUUCAAGCAGGUUCUUCGCAAUGAUCCACGUAACAUAUGGGCCACCAAUGGCAUUGGCGCUGUCCUGGCCCACAAGGGAUGCGUGAUCGAGGCCCGCGACAUCUUCGCCCAGGUGCGCGAGGCAACCGCUGACUUCUGCGACGUGUGGCUGAACAUUGCCCACGUUUACGUGGAGCAGAAGCAAUACAUCAGCGCCAUCCAGAUGUACGAGAAUUGCAUGAAGAAGUUCUACAAGCACAACAAUGUCGAGGUGAUGCAAUACCUGGCCAGAGCCUAUCUGCGAGCCAACAAGCUGGUGGAGGCCAAGGCGGUGCUACUGAAGGCACGCCGUGUGGCACCCCAGGACACCGUUUUGCUCUUCAACAUAGCCGUUGUGCUGUCCCGCCUAGCCAUGGCCAUACUCAAGGAUGAGAAGUCUACGCUGGAGGUUGUGCUGCAGGCGGUUCACGAAUUGGAGCUGGCACAAAAAUACUUCCAAUACCUCUCCGUUCACGGCGACAAGAACCGCUUUAACAUCGAGGUAGCCGGCAUUGAGGCCAACACCUGCCAGGAUCUCCUCUCGCAGGCCCAGUACCAUGUGGGUCGUGCCCGGCGCAUCGACGAGGAGGAACGCUCGCUGCGUCGCAAGCAGGAGGAGGAGCGCGAGGCUUUCAAACUCAAGGUGGCCGAGCAGCGCAAGCGACGCGAGGAGGAGGCCAAGACAUCCAGGGAUCAGUUGCUGGCCAAGCGGCAGGAGUAUGUGGAAAAGACCAAGGCUAUUCUCAUCAUACCCGACGCUCCGGAAAAGGAACGCAAAAAAGGGGGCGGACGAGGGCGCAAGGAUGACUACAUAUCGGGCAGUGACAGCGGCAGCGAAAGGCCACGCGAUGGCGAGCGUCCCUCCAAGAAGAAGAGCAAGGCGGGAGAGCGGAAAAAGGGCAGCGGCGGCGGACGCAAGCGUAAAACGGAGAAGUACGAGAGCGACAGCGAGGAGGAGACGGCCCGGGGCAGCGGAAAGUCGGGCAAGAAGAAGGGCAAGAAGCAGCCCAAGGCGGUCAAGGAGUCCAAGGAAAAGUUGUCCGCCAAGCAGCGCCUUAAAAUCGUGUCCAAGGAGACGAUUUCGACCAGUGAAUCGGAAUCGGAGGGCAAGCGCAGCCGCAGCAGGAGUAGAAGUCGCAGUCGGAGUCGCAGUGGAAGCAGAAGUCGUAGCGGCUCUGGUAGUGGCAGUGAUCGUGCCGCCAGUCGGAAACGCAGUAGAAGCAGAAGUGGAUCCGCCUCAGCCAGCGACAGCGAUGGGGCAGCCAAGCGCAAGCGAGCCAAGAACCGCAUUGAAUCUGAAGGGGAAUCCGAUGGAUCUGGUUCCCGUCCCCGGUCCCGCUCCCGCUCCAAGUCGGGCUCCCGUCCGCGUUCCCGCUCCAAGUCGGGCUCCCGUCCGCGCUCUCGCUCCAAGUCAGGCUCCCGUUCCAAGUCGGGCUCCCGCUCCCGUUCCCGCUCCAAGUCUGGCUCUCGCUCCAGGUCGGGCUCUCGUUCCAGAUCCCGCUCCAAAUCCGGUUCCCGCUCCAGGUCCCGCUCUGGCAGCCGGUCCAAGUCCGGAUCGCGUAGUCGCUCGGGAUCACCGGAGAACUGAAGACCAACCAAACAACAACAACAAGCUGAGUAAAACACUUUUGACUAUAUUUAAAGUUUCCUUCAAGAGAUGCAAAAAGAUAAUAAAAAUAUAAAACAAGUGCA